AUGUCAAACGCCAAGGCAGGAGGUUCAAGCAAGACAACCCCACAGCCUACGGCAUCAUCUCGACCCCCCAAUACAGAUAUGCAGGAGUCUAGUGAGGAAGAGUCCAACUUCCCCGGCCCAAACAAUACGUCAACGGUUAUCAACGUACCAGAGUCCAGGGAAGGAGGUACAAGAUAUACCAGAGGCUCAUCAAUCACAUCACCCUCAACUACCCACUCCGCAAAGAUGCCUGAGUCCAGGCUGGGAAACACAAAUGCCCCAAGCACGUUAUUCUACCAUAUAAUUAACAAACAGAGGUCGCCCCAAAACCAACUACAGAGGGGAUUCACAGAAGGAACCUCGCCACUAAAUGCUUGUUUGUUAGUAGAAGAAUGCAUCAAUGAGGCCUUUGAUUUCAACAAGCCGUUAGCACUGACCACGCUUGAUGCAACCAGGGCUUUUGAUGUCGUUUGGCAUGAUGGACUACUGCGGACACUGUAUCAGGCUGGCGUGCAACAGGAACUAUGGGGCUUGAUCAAAGAGUUGCAAACAGAAUUCUACUCCGCCGCAAAAUAUGAGGGACGACUUGGCCCAACGCUUAAAGUGAAUCAAGGUAUUAGGCAAGGCGCCAAACGUUCUCCAAUCAUAUACAAAACCUUCAGCAAUGACAUCCUGAAUCAUAUUAGAGACAACGGGCUUGGAGCCUACAUAGGGAACAUAUUUAUCGGCGCCCCAACAGUUGCAGACGAAAUCUCCUUAGUGCACGACAACCCUGUGGAAAUGCAGACAAAUUAG